AUGGCGUCCACGGUGACGUCCGGGUCGCUGGUCCUCGAGCGUCGCUUUGAGCGCGUUCACAAGUACCACUGGCCCGCCGUCCAACUCAACGUAUGGAUGCUCAUCAUGCUCGUCGCGUCAUGUACCAUCCUCGGCAUAUUCGCAACAUUCGUUCAAAUACAGCAGCAACUACAGCUCAACAUACCUUGGUACUUUCCAUACUACAUGACCGUCUCCGCCGUCGCGAUAUUCUUCAUCGGCAUCCUCCUCUGGCUGAUCUUCCAACGGCGCCUCCUGCCCUCGAUCGUCAUGAUAGGUGGCUUCAUGCUGUUUGUGCUGUGGCUGGUCGGCCUGAUCGUCGUCUCCAUCCAGCUCUGGGGGCCCUCGGGCUCCGUCAGCGGCAACUGCAACAUCGCCGUCUUCAACCAGAACCCAAAGGGCCAGACGCUCGAGACGCUGGCCUGGAUGGAGCAGAAGAACAUCUGCCAGAGCUGGCAGGCCGUUUUCGCCAUGGGCCUCGUCGGCGCCAUCUUCCUGCUGUGGCUGAUGGUCAUGGCCUACCAGGUCUUUGCCGACGAGGGUGACUAG